UUGUUACAGGCGAAAUCCGAAGCCAAUUCUUCUCGCCAUCUAGUACUAGUGAGUUCCAGUACACCUCUUCGCCCAGGGGAAGCUAGCUACAAGACAACUACUCGACUUUCGAUUGCCUCAUCAACUUUUGCUUCCCCUUGGCCCGAGCUUCUAGAUCUGUACGCUAUUCACCCGGUCACUGGACGCCAUAUUCCCUUGGUCUAUCUACCGGACGAAUCAGCCUUCGCUUCCGUUCUUGAGAAUACUGCUCUCCCAGGGUUUUCAUCUCUUGAUGCAAAAGCCAAAGAGGUUGCUGCUUUCCUUCAGCUUCCUAGAGCGCCUGGUGUCGUAGAGUUUCUUGAACCCGGAUUCUUCCUGAUCAAUGCGACGCCAGUCACCCAGAUUCAAGGACUUACUAGUCAUGAGGCCGACGAAAUCUCUAGAUCUAUAUUAAAAAUAUCUUAA